AAACAAGCUGUUAGUCUAGGGGUUUACCAAACUUGACAUAUCAUUGCAUUCGUACAUUUUCGCUCUGUCAUCUCGUGAAACAGCAAUCCCCCAACACGAACCUUCAUCACCUGCUCUCCUUCUCAACUACAAACUCUUCCCGUCGACAGACCGCCGAAGAGGUAUCUAAGUAAGCAUUAGCUUCAUGGGCGAUGGUCCUCGUGGAAUAGAAGUUUUCCCUGACCAUUUUCAAGCUUCAAUGCCUGGUGCAGACUCUCCUCAAACCCCAACUGUAUCCACGCCUUUGAGAAAUAGCUACGAUAACUCUUUUAGGUCGUGCAGCGGAUCGUGGACCCGGAGUAAGUUAAAAAGCACAGUAUCAAUGCUGAGGUUACUGAGCUUACGAAGAUUGCCUUGGGUAGCUGACACAGAUGGCCAGGAAAAGGUUGAUGCUAUUGCCUUGUUAUGCACCAUUUUUCUGAUAUUUCAAUUUGUAGAUGUAAAUUGUAAUAACUAUUGUUACUGUUUUGAAGUGCAGGUGGUUUUGAGUGCAGUAGAGGUAGCGUCUCUUCGAUCUGAAAUCAAUGAUUUAGAAGAAAGAGAGUCGCACUUGAAAGCUCAAUUAGAACAUGUAGAUGAGAUAUUACGAUCUGCUCGUCUCUCUGGAUACCUUUACAUGAGAAUGAGAUGGGCAGCAUUACCUGGAGAACUUCCUCCACUUGAUGAUGCUGAAGUUGAUGACUGGGUUCCUAGAUUUGUUGUCCUCCAUGGAUCUUGUCUAUACCUGUAUAUGUUGUCUACUGAUUUGAGUCCUCAGGACUCCACCAUGCUGUCAGAUAUUGUUGAAGUUGGUCCACUUCCUUGUCUCACACGAGAAGGUGAGGAAGCUCAGCAUUGCUUUUAUAUUUUAACCCGUCAAGGGUUGCGAUACGAGUGCUCCAGUACUUCCAGAAUACAGGUAGAUGCAUGGUUGGCAUCAUUGCAGGCUGAUUGCAAUCUGGGGUCGAAAUCAACACCGCUGAACGAGUCUGGCAAGCCACAGCCGACCUCUUCUCAGGCUUCAAACUGUUAACCUGUAAAUUUGUCUCGCCCCAUGCAAAUGAGUGCAUAUAGAUUUGAACGUUUGAUAAUAAUCUUAAGACAACAUUUUGUGCGGUUGUGUACAUAGUAAACUAGAUUGACAAGCUGCUUUGUACUUUUACAUUCCACUGGAAAACAAUACCAAGUGGAUGUUGCUAAGGAAAUUAAUUAGCCAUUCACCUUUCAGUUUGAACUAACUGUGUA